CGGUAGCGCGGGCCUGAGGUCUGGGGGCCGUCGCGGGGCGGAAACUCCAGCUCGGAGCUCCGGAGGCGGAGGCCGGAGGAAGGGGGCCUGGACUGUGGGCCGGGUCGGGCCGGGGCCAGGGCGGCGGCGGCGGCGGCUGCGGCGAGUUCGCUCCGACUGGGCUGGUGGGAGAAUGGCCCGGUUCCCGGCGGCGGAGUUCGCGUUGGCAACAUAGGCUGGGGCCAGACCCAAGCGGUUCAUGCCGGGAGGUCCCUUGGGACGUCCCGCUGCUUGGGCGCUGACCGGCGGCCGGUGUGUGAGCGAUUUGGGGCUUCAGCAACUUCUUCCAGGGAGGAGGUCCAGUACAGCUGCUUUUGCAACCCAAGGUCUUGAUUCACAUCCAUAGAUUGGAAUAUUGGUGUACCAGCCAUCCUCAGAUACCUCACUAAGGACAGAUGAGGAAACUGAGGCUUGGUGAAGUUACGAAACUUGUCCAAAGUCACACAGCUUACUGUAAAGGGCACAGCCAAGAUUCAGAGCCAGGUUGUAAAAAUUAAAAUGAAUAAACUACGGCAAAGUUUUAGGAGAAAGAAAGAUGUUUAUGUUCCAGAGGCCAGUCGUCCACAUCAGUGGCAGACAGAUGAAGAAGGGGUUCGUACUGGAAAAUGUAGCUUCCCAGUUAAGUACCUCGGCCAUGUAGAAGUUGAUGAGUCAAGAGGAAUGCACAUCUGUGAAGAUGCCGUAAAAAGAUUGAAAGCUGAAAGGAAGUUCUUCAAAGGCUUCUUUGGAAAAACUGGAAAGAAAGCAGUUAAGGCAGUCCUGUGGGUAUCAGCAGAUGGACUCAGAGUUGUGGAUGAAAAAACUAAGGACCUCAUAGUUGACCAGACAAUAGAAAAAGUUUCUUUCUGUGCUCCGGAUAGGAACUUUGAUAGAGCCUUCUCUUACAUAUGUCGUGACGGCACCACUCGGCGCUGGAUCUGUCAUUGCUUCAUGGCUGUCAAGGACACAGGUGAGAGAUUGAGUCAUGCAGUAGGCUGUGCAUUUGCAGCCUGUUUGGAACGGAAACAGAAGCGGGAGAAGGAAUGUGGAGUGACUGCUACUUUUGAUGCCAGUCGGACCACUUUUACAAGAGAAGGAUCAUUCCGUGUCACAACAGCCACAGAGCAAGCAGAAAGAGAGGAGAUUAUGAAACAAAUCCAAGAUGCCAAGAAAGCUGAAACAGAUAAGACAGCUGUUGGCUCAUCAGUGGCUCCUGGCAACACUGCCCCAUCCCCAUCCUCUCCCACCUCUCCCACUUCGGAUGCCACUGCCUCUCUGGAGACGAACAAUCCUCAUGCCAUCCCACGCCGGCAUGCGCCCAUUGAACAACUUGCUCGCCAAGGCUCUUUCCGAGGAUUUCCUGCUCUUAGCCAGAAGAUGUCACCCUUUAAACGCCAACUAUCCCUGCGCAUCAAUGAGUUGCCUUCCACUAUGCAGAGGAAGACUGAUUUCCCCAUAAAAAAUGCAGUGCCAGAAGUAGAAGGGGAGGCAGAGAGUAUCAGCUCCCUGUGCUCACAGAUCACCAAUGCCUUCAGCACACCCACGGAGGAUCCCUUCUCAUCUGCCCCAAUGACCAAACCGGUGACAGUGCUAGCACCACAGUCUCCUGCCUUUCAAGGUUUGUGUAUCCAUUGCAAGAUGGCAUGGUCAUCCCAACACCAACUUUUCUGUCUUAUCUGUUCCACCGUUAUCGCACAUCGGCCUGACCGAGCUCCAAAAGGUCACCCAUUCACCCUGCAUGAAUUAACUCCAUCGAUGUUGUCUGCUCCCAUUGUAGCUAAUGGCACUGACUCAGCCUUCCAUGUGCUUGCUGCUAAGCCAGCCCAUACUGCUCUAGCACCCGUAGCAAUGCCUGUUCGUGAAACCAACCCUUGGGCCCAUGCCCCUGAUGCUGCUAACAAGGGAAUUGCAGCCACACGUUCGGGGACCGAGUGGAGUCAAUCUUCUGGUGCUGCAUCUCCAGGUCUCUUCCAGGCUGGUCACAGACGCACUCCCUCUGAGGCUGACCGCUGGUUAGAAGAGGUGUCCAAGAGUGUCCGGGCGCAGCAGCCCCAGGCCUCAGCUGCCUCUCUGCAGCCAGUUCUCCAGCCUCCUCCACCCACUGCCAUCACCCAGCCAGCGCCAUCUUUCCAAGGGAAUGCAUUCCUCACCUCUCAGCCCGUACCAGUGGGUGUGGUCCCACCCCUGCCACCAGCCUUUGUCCCUGCCCAGUCCUAUCCUGUGGCCAAUGGGAUGCCCUAUCCAGCCCCUAAUGUGCCUGUGGUGGGCAUCACUCCCUCCCAGAUGGUAGCCAACGUGUUUGGCACUGCAGGCCACCCUCAGGCUGCCCACUCCCAUCAGUCUCCCAGCCUGGUCAAGCAGCAGACAUUCCCUCAGUAUGAGACAAGCAGUGCUACUGCCAGUCCCUUCUUUAAGCCUCCUGCUCAGCACCUCAACGGUUCUGCAGCUUUCAAUGGUGUAGACGAUGGCAGGUUAGCCUCGGGAGAUAAGCACACAGAGGUUCCUGCAGGGGCCUGCCCGGUGGAUCCCUUCGAAGCCCAGUGGGCUGCAUUAGAAAGCAAGUCCAAGCAGCGUACUAACCCCUCUCCCACCAACCCUUUCUCCAGUGACUUACAGAAAACAUUUGAAAUUGAACUUUAAGUAGUCUCUGUGGCUUAUGUAUUUUGCCCGUACUUAGGCAAGGGCAGGGGCAGAGGUCAAAGAAGCAAAGGGAACUUUGUGUUCCCAGUCAGUAUACUUUUCACUAAUCCCAAAGGUCUUAAGGAGCAUGUCCAGGCACAGAGUGCUAGGAGAGGUGAUUUUGAAAAAAAUGGAAGAAACAUUCCUAGAGAAGAGUUGUCUUGCAGUUGGGCUAAAGAAGUCAAGGAAAUGUUGCCCUCUGUCCCCCUCCUACUCCCUCAGCCCCUUAAAAAUCUCUGGCAGCAGAGAGGAAGGGUAUCUGAACAGGAAUCUGUAUUCAAAGCACAUUUACUGGAAUAUAAAACACAACGGGAAGCAAAACAAUCACCCUUCAUUUUUCAGGCCAUUCACCUGCUGCCUCUCACUGGCCUGAUCAAGAACAUGGUGGCCUGUGCUUGGGCUGGGGACGAGAGGCAGGCCGUGCUGCCAGAAUUCCCAGGAGGGCACAGCAGCUGCCCAACAGAGCUAUAUUUUAGGGGUAAAGUUGAGCUUCCACUUUGAGUAAGAAUAAAUAUUAUAAAUAUAUAUCAAAAAAGCCAAAAUCUUUAUUUUUAUGCAUUUAGAAUAUUUUAAAUAGUUCUCAAUAUUAAAAAGUUGUAUGAGUUGUAAGUAAUCUUGCCAAAGGUAAAAGGGUUAGCUGUAAGAAAUUGUACAUAAGAUUGAUUUAUCAGUGAUGCCUAUUGAUGUGGAGAGAGGAGAGGUUGGGAGUUGCAGAUGGGAUCCCUAUUACUUGGUAUCAUUCGUUGUAAGUAGCACCUUGCAGCAACAAUCAUGCGUAUGACCAAUACAGUCCCUAGGUGGUAGUUUUAACGAAAAUGAAAGAGCAGUAUUGUCCUGGUUUUAAACCUGUGAUGAAAUCCUAAUGUAAUUUUAAUGGAAUCAGUCUGAAUACAUUCUACAGAGAAUACGUAUUUUCUUUUAUAUACUGCUGCAGUUUCCUUAUGUUAAUCCUCUACUUUUGUUUUAACACUAAGGUGACAAUGACUUAAUCAUAUCCAUGGACGGGAGCACAGGUUACUGUGUUGAUUUGUCAUGUGGGUCUCGGGUUUUGUUUUGUCCUUUAGAUUUUGUCCCCACCAGCUUUGUGGGGAUGGAGAUUCUGGUUUAAUAGCUGUGUGUGAGCCGGUCCCCCCACUUGUGGUGAGAGCAUCCCGUUGCCAGUUGUAGCCACUUGACCUCUGGUAACAACGUGAGAUCCCAUCUCAUUUUUACUUUUGAACGUUGGCCUUACAAUCAAAUGUAAGUUAUAUAUAUUUGUACUGAUGAGAAUUUAUAAUCUGCUUUAACAAAAAUAAAUGUUCGUGGUAGAA